AUGUAUCGUAGAUGUACCGCAGCUUAUAGUACUUCAUCUGUGGAGUAUUUUUGUGACAUUUGCUUGCCCUACAAAAUUGUUGUCCAUUUACAGCUUCAUCAAGAAUUCUUGUCAGACCAGCAGAAAAUCCGUACUGAACUGCUGACACAAUUCAAAGAUGAGCUGGAUACGACAAGAGCUGAACUAGAAGACAAGUACAGAGAAUCGCUGAAAAUGGAAAUAGCGAAGUUGACAGAGAAACAUAAAAGGGAGCUGGCUGCUACGAAGAAAAAGCAAUGGUGUUGGCAAUGUGAAAGCGAAGCGAUCUACCACUGUUGCUGGAACACCGCCUACUGUAGUGUCGAAUGUCAGCAGGGACACUGGGCUACGCACAAGAAGUUUUGCCGACGCAAGAAGGGUCAACAACAAGCACAAAGCUCACAGAAUAAUUCGCAACAGAAUACACAGCAACAGUAA